AUGUCUCCUGAAGUAAAGCAUCUAUAUCACAGCAAGUAACAGUUUUUUUUUGAAAAGGGGGGGACUACUGACCUGUACAUGAACUCAGCAUUUAUAAAUUUAUUUUUUUAUUUAUUUACUUUCUUUAAUUUAAUUUACACUGUUUCUUACAUUCUCAGGAUAAACAUCAUCAGAAAGGAAUGUGGGAAACGGUGGGCAGGGAAUGAGAAGAUAUACUUUAAAAGUAAUAAUGGCAACAGUUUGGUAUUAUCAGAAAUGUGUUCAUCUUUACUGCCUGUCUGUGAGAUCAAGAAAAUAGGAUUUGGCCAAAGUAAGGACAAGCAAAUAGCUCUCAUGAUACUUCAACAAAUUUCCAUAUCAAUAGCUUAAACAAUGACAUAUUUGGGUUACCAAAAAUUAUGCUAGCAUGCCCCGAAAUCCACAGGACUCAAAUAAAUGCCCCCUCUACUCCCUGGGGUUUUUGGGGAUGGAGGGAAUGUAUAAUUAUUCAGAUCAUUUGGUUAUUUUAAGAAUAUAACAAUAAAUUUAUGUCUGCCUGGCUUGCCUUUCAGUCAUUGAGUUUUGACCUAAUGCCUCCCCAAAGUAACUCAGAAAGGAAUUGAGUGUUUAUUAGACAAAAUAUGGUAACCGUUUUAACUGGCAUAAACCAUUUUAUGCUCUUCUAGUCUUUAGCCAGUAAGGUGCAUUACAAUAUAGAAUACUCCAAUCUCAGAACAAUAUUUGACUGGUCAAACUCUUAGCAUAUAAUUUUCAAAGAAUAACUUACAGCACUGCAUUAUCAUCAGCUAAGCUUCAGUUUUACCACAUAGGAUAAAAUUAAUUCAGUAUCAAUCGUAUGGUAGUCUUGUUUUGUCAUGAAAUCUUCUUUUUCAUCUUAUUUAUUUUAGGUGCCAUAAGACACCACAUCCUCCAAUGGGCUUCAGAGAGAAAUCGAAAAAUCAGUGACAGAUAUGACUUUGAGGUAUUUUUUUAUUUGUAUACACAGCUGUAAUAUCCAUGAAGCUGAAGCAUACAUUACAAUAAUUAUUAUUACUAGAUGCUGUGUCAGAGAUUGAUGGAAGAGCUAAUAAGGUUUCCAGCCAAGGAAAUGUUCUCAUAUGGAUUUUUAGUUUUGCCAAUACCAUGAUGAUGGAUUCAAUGAUGACAUGAUGCAUACAGCCACCCUAGCUUUCUUUUAUCUUUAUCCUGAUAGAAAACUAGAACCACAGCCAAGAGAGCAAAAGCUUCAUUAUCCUCAGAUCUCAAAGAUAUGAGUCAGAGUAUGAUUGGUAAGUGUCCACUCCGAACAUUGCUUUGUAUCAAUACUGUUUCAAUGACCUGCCACAUAUUAAAUUUGCCAGUGUCAUAUCAUCCAUAAAAGAGGGAGAUAGUUGGACAAAGUACCCAUAUGUACCUGUUGUCAAUCCUUUGACAAGGCACUUUUCAUUCUACAUCUGAGGUGUAUAAAUUAUUGGUACUGGAGGAACCUAACAAACUGUUGUUUGGUAUUCCUGCAGUGAAACUACAUACAAUUUGUAGCAUCCCAACCAGGGGGAAGACGCCAUACCCCUAUGUUGCUUCCUGCUACUGAAACAGGAAUUAAUACUGAAAUAACAGCCAGCAUGAUGAGCCACUAGCUAGGUUUGGAGGCAGGCGCUGCCUAUAUACACUGUAUCUAUAUUGUGCUGUAAUAGCAUAGUAGGUCCCCCAUUGAUGACCUACCCAUACUUUUAUGUUUAAAGACACAGCAAAAAUUAAUGAUUUUAUUUAAUUGCUGUUAAUGUUCUAUUUCAGCUGUGACAGACACAUCCAAGCCAGAAUCAACGGAAACUGCUGAUACUGUUGGAGACAUCUCUAAUUACAGUGCACAGUUAGUGUGCGCUGUUAUCUUUCGUGUUCCGACAUUUCGAAAUUUAAGUGUUAAAAAGCACUUAGCUCCUGCCGCCAAACUCCUGAAGAUUAAGACGAGAGGCCAAGGGAAAUAUGACUUAGCAGUUAAUGUUGCAAUCAGUUUAGUGCAAAAGGGAUAUGUCGGUACUACAAAUCCGGAUGUAAAUUACAAAGAGUUGGAACAAGAACAAAUUGUAAUUUUAAAAGAUCUUGUGGAAAAGCUGCGUGUAGAGAACAUUAAGAAACAAUAG